AUGCAUCCUACGAAACUUCGAUUGGGAAACCAGUUUGUCGCCAUGGAUCUGAUACAGGAGGUGGCGGAGCAAGGAGAUCAGGUGGACAAUGAGACCAGGAAACUUGUGAGGGGAAAAGAGCCAAAUAUGCCCACUCAGUGCUUGGCGUCCAAAGAGAAAUGCUGGCAAGACCUCGAGUCUCUCUUUCAAUCACAUGGUGACACACAAGUGAAAUGGAAAUUGCUUGCAGAAGCAGGAGAAACGCAGGGGACCGUCCCUGCUGCCCGUGAAUGGCUUCUCCGGUACAGCGCUGACUCAAUGGAUGAACUUCCAUUGUUGGUAUGCGCUAUCGCAAUUUUCUCCGAACAAGGGGACGAAUGUGCUGUCGAGAGAGUCUGCCGUGAGCUGCUCAUGGAUCAGAGCAAUCCGAGUUUGAUUGAGGCUGUCAUCUGGUCACUGGAGAAGCUGUAUCGAUAUGGCCAACAGAGCGAUCCAAGCGCCUUGAGGGCCUUGUUACAGAUAUGCUGUGAUAGAGCUUUGGAUAUCCGGCAAGUGAGCAAAGAAUCUCUUGUCUCUGCCAUCUCGCUCCUCCUCGUGGCGGUCAACUCAACGGAGGGGCAGGUAGCUCACGACGCUCGACGCCUGACGGCGCAAGAGAACGAGGAUGAAGGUACACUCACGUACAGCUCAGCCACGACCCACGAGAUCGAGCUUCUUUGUCGCUUCAUCCAAGAUAGAUGGAGCACGCGCUCUGAAAUCGAUGCCAGCUUAGCUGGUCGAACCGCCGCCGACUGGGAGGUGGCUCAAUCGUUAAGCGAGCAGCUUUGGAGCAGAUUUUAUCAGAGAUCUCGGAAGGUUUUGGAAGAAGAUGAUGAGGGGGAGGAGACAAGUUGUUCGAGGAUGACCAGCAGGAGGAGUCUUUGGCAUCUAGUCAAAGCAAAAGCUGACGGCGUGGACUUUGUCUCCGGGUUGGUCUCAGCUGAGAAUUUUGACCAACGAGAUGAAGAGUACGAAUCGAUCAAGUUGUUUUCGGGCCUGGAGAAUGGUCUGUUAAACUGGAUGAAUCCAGAGGAAGGAAGUGAAAAUUCGUGUAAGCAUUCAUGCGAAGAGGAGGCUGAUGCCCAACUCAUGACAAGCCAGUGUCAAUUACUUGUUCGCCUCCCUCCAGAGCUUUUCGAUGACAAACUUCAUGAGUUUACAGACGUCAGACUGGUGAUGCUUUCUGUGGCAGCCUACUUCUUUGAUGAGUUGGCGCAGAUUGUACACGGAGAUCCCCGCGAAGGACUGAUUGGACAACAUGGUUUAUUUGCAAAGAAGCUUAUCCCACGUCUGACCAUCUUUCCUGUCUCUUGCCCAGUUUACAAGGAAGAAGAUUUCUACACGACUCGCGCUGGUUUGUUUCAAAUGGAACUCUCAGAAAGGUACGCAUAUGAGUUCAGAACGAAACCCAAGAGAGGGUUAGAAGGCAUCUGCUUUGAAGACCAUGAAACCAUCGUUGCUGAUCUCUGGUCUGGGAAUGAAGUGAAAUAUGUCAACGACUACAGGAAUUCUUUCUUUGCGGCUAAUGUUGAAUUCUGUGAGAUGCUGAUCUACGGCCAGCCCCAUCUCAUCCUCGUCACUCUCUGCGACAUUGAGCCCGACCAGGAGCUUCUGACGGACUACGGCAGCAGUUACUGGGAGAAUCGCUCGCUCAAGGACGAGCUCCUAUGGGAGGUCAAAUCUCGCAUCCUCCGGCUCUUUCAGCUCCUGCACAAGAAUCCUUCGUCCUGA